AAAACUGGAGUCAAAAUGCGAAGUCUUCAUAGAAAACUUGAGUUUGAUAUAAAAAGUGUCAAGAGAAAAUCUCCACCAGUGCUCGCUGGAUUCACAAGUUUAAUAAUGGGCAAAUUUCUAGAACGAGUCACAGCAACAGCAACAAAUCAUACUUGCAUGAUCAUCGAUCCACACAAUUCAGCAGCAAGUGAGUACAUAGCGGAAUUUUCGAAACCUGGCGAUAAAGUCAAGAUACUUCCUGUACCAUUCAAACGACCAACAACAGAAGAAUUGAAGAACCAAACGACAAAAUCGGUCUUUGAUCUGAAUACAUUGAACCCAGAUUCAUACGUGAAUCAUUCAGUGUAUUGCAUUGCUUCCAUUCUCCGGUUCCCAGCAUAUGGUGGCUGGUGGUACAGAGGUUGGUCGAGCUGUUCUAAAAUGCUCAAAGUAAAAGAAGACAGUGGGGAAUUUCUUUGUCCUAAAUACGAUGUACAAAUGCAUGUACCAUGUUACAAAGUUUAUGUGACAAUUCACGAUGAUCAUAAUCAAGCAAUAAUGAUUCUGAUGGGGAAGCAAGGACAACAGUUGUUCGGAAUCAGUUGUCAGGAUUUGGUCGAUAAAAGACUAUCCAACAGAGCAGACAUUACCAGAAGAGAUUAAGAAAAUGGUUGGCCAAACCUAUCUAUUUGAGAUCCAAAUCAAUCAAUAUGGUGAACUGGUGGUCCAAAAUGUUUUCCCAAGUCAACAAUCAUCUGCAUCAAUGGUAGAACAAAACCCAAGCAUUGCAACACCGGAGCGGCUUUCAUCUGAAAAAAAGAGAAGCAUUGAAACAAGCGGAAAAACAUUGUUCAUCACAGAGACUGAGAAAAAAGUCAAGAGCGACAAGGAAAUCAAACAAGGAGCAACAGUGUUACCACCAUCAACAUCAUCAUCAGCAAGCAAGGAACUAUCUUAGCAAGAGAAAACCAACUGAAUCUGAAUUACUCUUUUGUAUAGCUAUGCCUUAUUUUCUUCCAUCAUACCUGCAUUGACUACAUUUUGUGUACAAGCAUAGUCAGCGAAACAACUGGAGAACGCUGUACAGUUGGGCCUGCACAGAUUUUGCUUUUUGAACAUAUUCCAGCCCUGCUUUUUGACAACUAGCUCCAGUUGUUCCAACAGGAUGUUAACUCAUGUUUAAUAGUGUUUUUGUUACUCUGUAACUAAGACAAUCAACCUGACUAUGCAGCGGCCCUUUUUUUGUAAAGCUGCAAUUAACACAGCUAGCAAUACUGUGCAGCUAGCAUUUUUGAACUGUGUCAAAUAGAAUGCAGUGCAGCUGAAAUGCAAAAUGUGUAAAAACUGUUUUAUUACAUAAAUGUAAUGUAACAGUUACUAUUUUA